GCGCGGGUAGACAUUGGUGUGGACAGGUAGACAUUGGUAUAUAGUAUACGAAGUAUAGUAUACGAAGAAAAAUGGCGAUGGCAACAACUCAAGUUAAAGGAAGUGGAUGGCCAAGAAGAGCUAGUAACAGUUCGUUUGAAGGGAAGGUGGUUCAGAACCAGUCUGUAACUAUCAACAGGACAGUUAAUUUGUAAGUGAUAAUCAAUAUGCGACUUAAUUACAUUAUUUUUUAGAGUUAAUGUUUUGACUGCCUCUCCUGUAGAACAACUAUGGCCGGUUAAGAGACGCUAGCAAUUAAAAUUAUGUUCCUAACACCUUUCAAUGCAUCUUACAUGGUACAACCAUGAGACGGCUGUUCAUCUUUUCGUUAAGUAAUUAUGGAAAUUUUAAGCAAUAAGGUCGAUCAUAUAUAUCGAUUAAUUGAUCAUUCAAUAAUUCAUUACCGACUAUUGUAGAACAUAACCAAUUAUCUUAAUGUAGUAUGAAAUCUUCGAAUUGAUGAAGUAUUUGUUUUUAGAUCGGUAUUACAUAUUUUUGUAAUUACGAAUUAAAAAUGCGAUUAUUUGCUUAAAAUUUCCAGGUAUGAAAGUUAUACCUUUUGUGCAUUAUUUGCGCAAGGUAUAAAAACUUUUUAUCGAUUACUUUCAGUAAUCAAAAAGUAAAAGAAAAAUUUAAUUUCCAUUACAUUACAUUUAUAAAUUUAUAAAAGUUGUAGCCAUCGUGUACAAUAUACGUUGGCCUCUUUUAUACAUUAUGUAUGUUUGCGUACAGAAACACGUUUCAUUAUUUUUUCACAGUCACGCUAAUAAUGUGACUGGUAAUUUGUAAUGCGUAUAUAUUUGAAAAUAGUUGUAUUGUCAUUAUUCAUUAUCUCUAUUUGUAUAUUACAAAUUAUUUUGUUGUGUAUAAAAAGGAAAAAUAUACAAAAUAAUCUCGCAAAUCAGACUACAAUGAUCUUAGAUUUAUAUAACCUAUGAUAGUUAAAACUACAGAUAUUUGUAUUUUUUUUUAUUAGUAAAUUGGCCUCUCAUAUUUUAUGUAAGAUAAAUUUUGCAAUAUAACACUUUUUUAUAUAUGUACAUUACUAUGAAUGUAUUUGUCUCAAAUAGUUCAUAAUUAUAUUUAAUUCUUAAUUUAAGAAAUCUUAUAAUGUGCAUAGAUAUUGUGAAUGUUUUUAAUUAUUUUUUUAUAAAACAAGUAAGUUUUAAUGAAAUAUUGCACAUUGCAUUUGAGAUUUAUAUCCUUCACUGAUGCGUCAAAAAUGAAACAAUAUCUUGAAAAAUGUAAUAUAUUUAUUAUACAUUUGCAAACACGUCACGAAAUAUCAUUUGAUAUUUAUAAGUAAAUGAUAAAUUCAGUCUGUACAAUGUAAUGAAUUAUAUAGGUAUAAGUAUUUUAAAUAUUUAUUUAUAUUUUGAUAUUUUGGCAAAUUUAUAGAUAUCUAGUAUAAAAUAG